CUGAGCGUUGGUCACGGAGAGAGUGUGCUAUACGCUGUGUGCUAUACGAUUCAACGCCUCAACAAAGAAGUAGAACGCAAUUCGGAAGAAAAAUGACCGGAAUUUUCGCGCAGCUCUCUGCGGGCGAACCGGGCUCGCUGUCCGGCGAACACCCGGACAAGCCGCAGGUCGGAACAGGAACGCUGCCGCCGUCGCCACCGGCGCCGGCCACGGUGCUGUCACUGGACGACCCCAUACUGAGUGACCGUGCCUCGGGCGGUUUUCUGCUCCUAGGGGACACGCCGGCCGCCAAACGCAUUCGUUUGCGCAUCAUGCAACUAGUGUCCAAUGCCCUGGCGUUGGCCUUCAUACGGCCGCAGUACUACGAUGUGGUCGCGCUUAUCACGCUGUUCCUGCUGGUCAACGCGUUCGUUAUCUCGGCCGUGCUCCUCGCGGAUCUGCACUACGGCGGUCGGAUUCUGCGCCGCGUGCUGCCCCUGCUCAAGUGGGAGCAGCUGGAGCUGCGCUUCUCGGCCUACACCGGGCUGGCGCUGUUCGUGCUCUGCUACGCGCUACUGUUCACGCACAAGGGCUACGGCGGGGAUGUCUGGUGCAACUGGGUGUCGAUCUCGUUCACGCUCAAGUCGGCCCUGAUGUACGGCGCCGAAGCCUGGCACCAUCUGCGGCACAUCUACGGCGGACGCCAGCUGGUGGCCUAAUGCGGCGCCGUGGCGUGCAAAGCGAUCGCGAUUCGCAAACUUUAGCGUGCCGCGCCGUGCUAGCGAACGGUGGCUCCCUCUGGUGCCGACCGGAAGCUUUACGCAAAUAUAACCUAUAUAUAACCCGCUCCGGAUGUGUGUGAGUAUAUCUGCUACCGCGUACUACACAGGAGAAUAAAUGCUACACU